AUGAAAAUGAUGAAUAUUAUAUUAUCAUUUUUCAUAUUAGUGAUUUCUGCAAAUGUCAAAGCUGCAUCUUUUCUAGAUGUAAAUAAUACCAAUCCAAAAUUAAUUGCAUAUGAUGUGAUAUCCGAACCUAAUGCAACAUUUGUAAACGAUAAUAAAAGGCAUUAUACAUAUUUAAAUUUAAUUAAUGAUAUUUUCAGGGAUCAAUCAAAAAAUACAAAAUAUGCAUAUGAAGGUGGUAAUUAUCAUUUGGCUAUAAUAGAUUUUGAUAUAUCCAUAGAUAAUUCUAAUCGACUUUUGAAAAAAUUUUUUUCUGAAAAGAGGAUUGAAGCAUUAAAAUUAGGAACAAUAUAUUUUAUAUCUUAUAUAAAGAAUAAGAUUAAGCAUUUAAUUUCACGAUACAUGUAUAAAUAUGAUUUUGAAAAAAACUAUGCUACCGAUUUAAUGAACUUAGCCGAUGAUUUAAAAACUUUGAUAUAUGAUAGGUUUGUUUACGAGUUUACACACGACCUUAUAAAAUUCAGAACAAUACCAGAAAAUAAAAAGCUCAAAGAAAGGUCAAAUCAAGCUUUUGAAGCACUUGUGCAAAAUUCAUCUAUGAACAUUCAAGGUUAUUGUAUUAAAAUAACGAAGGAUGAAAAUCAUAUUUAUUUAAGCAAAGAUUUUAGUCUUUAUUUUAAUAUCACUAUAAGUAAAUAUCAAUCAAAUGCUACUUAUGAUUUUGAAUUUCCAGAAUAUGAAGUUGUUGAAGUCGGUACUAAAGCUUUAAGAAAGUUAUAA